AGAGUCGUGCAGCGCAGCAGUAGAGCAGCUGGGAGUUUGACACUGAAACUUUUAAAACUUCAGUUUUGUUCCGUUGAAAAUGUCGAACGCUGGGGGCUCCGGGGCCGGUGACGGGAUGUACUCCAAGCUAAUAGACGACGAGGCCGGUUACGGAGAGCUGAACAUCAGGCCAGAUGUGGGGCACAGCGCUCACCCGGUGUCUCCGAUCAGAACCAUCCCCAGACCGAGUGGCCCCGGGUCCUACCGCCUCGCCACCAUCUGUCUGGCGACGUUGUGUGCCGUCCUGCUCAUCUCUAUCAUAGCCGUCGCCGCAAACAAUAAGAACAAACCUCAGAGUUCCGGUGAGGAGACGUCAGAGGUGCAGAAACAGAAGCAGGAGGCCAACGUGACGGCUCUGAUGGCGUCCAUCACUAAACUACAGCAGGAGAAGAAGAAGCUGCAGGAAGAGAAGGACGAGCUGCUGGUCAGACUGGCUUCCAGGAGGACCACUAAAGCUCCAAACGUGAUCAGACCGACGCCACAGGCCACUAAGGCCCCCAUUGUCUGCCCCACGGACUGGCAUCUCUUCAACAGCAGCUGUUACUUCAUCUCCAGAACCACCAGGGAUUGGCCAGAGAGCAAAUCCUUCUGUGAGAGUAAAGGAGCUCAUCUGGCCAUCAUCCUCACAGCAGAGGAGCAGACGUUUCUGUGGAAUCUUCUCCCCAGAGGACACUGGAACGCCUACUGGUUUGGGAUCACUGACGGACACACAGAGGAUCAGUGGAAAUGGGUCGACGAGACUCCGCUGGUCGGAGGUUUCUGGGAAGUCGGCGAGCCCAACAACCACAUCAAUGAGGACUGCGGCUACAUCGUAAAGACUCAGGUGUUGGAGCGGGUUCCCAUCCGGAGCUGGUACGACGCCCCCUGCACCAUGUACUGGCCUUUUAUCUGCGAGAAGGAGAUGGUUCCUGGAGCCAGCACGGCCAUUCCUCACUGAACCUCAGCUCUGACCACCUGAGGAACGACAGGAGGAGGAGAACCGGUCGGUAGCUCGUCAGGCUGUUUUGUGUCCGUUUUCAUCUUAAAGUCCAUGAGGUUGAGAAAGCUAAUGUUUACCGAGUAGAAUUUAACUUUAAACGAGUCUGUUGCUGUGAGCGGACACAAUUCAGACUGAUUCUACGGUUCAUUCUUGAAAGUUCCCGAACAUUCAUGUUGUAGAAUUUUCUCCGUCCUCGUUAGUCAUCAGCAGCAACGGACAUAAAUACGGCUGAAGGUGCUGAAAUCGGUUUGCUGUUGCACCCUGCAGUAUUUAGCAGACUUUUUUUUUAAUUUCACUAAUUCUUCAAACUGCUUUUAACCCUCUGAACCCUAAAACCUGCCUCCAGGUUGGAAAAGCAUGUUUUCUUUAACCAAAAUAGCACCAUUUAUCAGUGAGAACCAGUGAAAUCAGAUAGAGUUGUCGCGUUUUAAAUGUUCAGACAAGCUAAUUAUCUGAACCAAUUCCGGAUAUUUCUUCAAAAUGACCUCCUCUAAAUGUCUCAUUUAAAAAUCAGUUAGAAAUUAACUUUUGUCUCUAAUAAGAUUUUGUAAAAAACAAAAAAUUCUCUGCUUCUUAGCAUAACUAUGAAGAUAUUAUUGUCGUUAUUAAUAAAUUAUCACAAACAGACUGAAAACGGCCGCAACGGGGCACAAAAUGACCACAAAAAUGAUCACAAAAGACCUAAAAUACCCACAAAACAGUCUGAAAAUGACACAAAAUGACCACAGAAAAACACAAAAUGACUCCGUGAGACAGAAAAUUAUCAUUUAAAGACACAAAAUGAUGCAAGACACACAAAAUAACAACAAAUAAUUGCAAAAUGACCACAAAAACGCCAGACAGACCGAAAACAGCCACAAAAAUGCACAAAAUGGCCUCAAGAAGAGCUAAAAUCCCCACAAAACGGACUGAAAAUGACCAAAAAAGAAACAAAAUGAGCAGGUCAUGUGAUCUGGAAUGAACACACUUCCUGGAGAGGUUUUUCUGUAACGGGGAACUUAGUGGAAAGGGAUUUAAUUUGAUAUUUUCCACAUAAAAUUUGAUAUAUUGAAAUAUCUGUCAUGAUUAUCUCAAGUAAAUAAAAGAACACAAUCCAAACUAUUUCUGAAUCAUCUCAUUUUAUUAUUGUUUAGCUCAUUAGAAGGUGGUUGGUGUUAAAUUCAGACGUUAUUUAGUUCAUAUUUUAGUGAUAUCCAGUCAUUUUUUAUUAAUAAGUGAUUGUUUUUAUAAUAAAUCAUUAUGGUAUUUGUAAAGACAUGAUCAAAAUGAACAUAAAACACAUUAUUUUUUCACUUUUAAUAAAAAUGGAUGUAAGAUAUGUCCAAUGGACUUCAAAAGUUCCUCAGUUAUAGAUUGACCAAGGUAACACAAAAUUUGAAAACAAAAAAAAAGUAAAAUAAAUAAUGAAAUAAAUUCUACUUUCUCCUUUAUUUCUGACUCUAACGGCGUCAUCAUCGUGCACAGAAGACAUUCUUGAGUUCCUUCUACUUCCAGCUGUGAAAAAUGAGCCCAUAGAGAGUAAAAAUCAAUUAAAAAACACCCAGAAAGUGCUUGGAGUGCAGAGGGUUAACUAGUUUUUUUUUUAAAGAUUAAAGUAAGAGACAUCAAAGCGAAGAUGAAAUUCUAUAAAUUCCAACAAAACCUGAAGCUGUUUGUCUGAAGCUGUAGGACUGUGGUGCGUUUACAACCUAAAACGUUCAUUUGUUGGUGCCUUAAACCACUCAAUUAAUGUCUUUUCUGAUUUACUCUGUGAUCAGGGAUUCAAGAUAACGAUAUAUUUUAGAUGUUUUAACGUUUUAAAUGAGCUCUCGUCUUCUGUUACCUGUACAUAAAACACAUGUUGCUGAUGUCUGAUUAAAUGUGAUGUUCUGCUUCAGAUUUGAUGCAUUUUAAAAUGUAAAAAUGUUCAUUCCCUUUUUAAUUUUCUGCUGUGAUUAAAAGUUUUUAAAUGCAGAAUCAAUCAAAUAUGUGAAAUGAGGCAGACGUGUGUCCUGUGGAUCUGUACAUAAAUAAUAAAGGUAAUUGUUUUACAUA